UGGGGGUCCGUCGAGUAGUGUAAAUAAAACGUAUUAAAAAAAAAUAAGUACAAGAGAAACAAACGAAAGAGAAGUGUUAUAAAGAGUGUUUUUUAUUUGUAAAAUGGAAGCGAGUCAAAGUCAUCUGUACCCAAACAUCGAUAUAAGUGUAUGGACGAGAUCUUGUGUGCAGGAGAUCAAAACACCAAUAGAAGGAAAGGUCACGGGAAUCAUACCUCUGUGGCUGCGAGGGUCUUUGCUUCGUAAUGGUCCUGGGUCCACGUCUGUUGGUCCCACCAAGUUUAACCACUUGUUUGACUGCUCCGCGCUAUUGCACAGAUUCGCGAUCCAGGACGGGCGUGUGACUUAUCAGUGCCAGUUCCUGCGCUCCAACACUUGGAAGAAAAACCGCGUUGCUAACAGGAUCGUUGUCAAUGAGUUCGCUACGUCGGCUGUCCCGGACCCAUGCCACACCAUCUUUGACAGAAUGUCGUCUUUCUUUAACAUUGGAGAAACCAUGACUGACAACGCAGUAGUGUCAGUCUACCCUUUUGGAGACCAAGUCUACGCGUUAUCAGAAGUUCCGUUUAUGCUUAGAAUUGACAGUGAAACAUUGGAGACGUUGGAGCGAAAGAGUCUAAUAGAUAGUGUGGUCGUGAACCAUACAUCGCACCCUCAUGUCAUGCGGAAUGGUGACGUGUACAAUGUCGGCGUGUCUACCAGAAAGGGGAGGAUACGACAUGUCGUUGUCAAGUUUCCCUUUGUGGAAAAAGGCGACAUGUUUGAAGGGGCUCAAAUUGUCGGCAGCAUGGCUCCCCGCUGGUCACUGAAUCCAGCGUACAUGCAUUCUUUUGGGAUCACUGAGAAUUACUUUGUGAUAGUAGAGCAGCCACUGUCGAUAUCUUUGGGCAAGUUUGUCUGCAACCAGUUUACGAAUAACCCUAUAGUUUCCUGCCUCAAUUGGAAUCCUGAAUAUGAUACACACAUAACCUUAAUUAAUAGAAAAACUGGCAAAGAAGAGAAGCGAUACAUCACAGAGACGUUGUUCUUCGUCCACAUCAUCAACUGUUUCGAAGAGGAAGGCUAUCUUAAUGUGGAUCUUUGCGCGUAUAAAGACGCUAAGAUUAUCGACGGCAUGUACCUUGAAGCCUUGGAAAAUAUGCAAAGCAACCCAAACUACGCGGACUGGUUCCGCAGCCGUGCAAAGAGAAUACAGCUACCUCUAUUGUCUCCUAAUCUGACGAGAGUGGCUGCGCGGCAAAUUUCGGACGUCGGCUGCGAGAUGCCCAGGAUCAACUAUAGCUUGUGUAAUGGGAAGGCGUAUCGGUAUUUUUACGCUAUAAGUUCUGAUGUGGACUCCGAACGUCCCGGAUCGCUGAUCAAGGUUGACACGUGGAAUGGGCAGGUGACCAGCUGGGCGGAGGACCAUAGUUUCUGCAGCGAACCUGUAUUUGUACCAGCGCCUGAUGCUGAGGAUGAAGAUGCCGGUGUGUUGCUGAGUGCUAUCCUCUGGAACCACGAGGAUACCCGGGUGACAUUGAUAGUGUUAGAUGGUCAAACUAUGGUGGAGUUGGCCCGCGUGGACUUCCACACUCCAUCGCCCGUGCCCAAGGAUUUACAUGGAUGGUUUAUAUCGGAGAACGUUUAAAAUAACUGAUUCAUAUAAUAUACUUA